AUGUGUUUUCUUCCUAGCUUCCAAAAAUUUGGUCCAGAGCCAAGCUCCUCCCUCUCCUUGCGAACUUUUCUCAGGCAAGGCGAGUACGAAAGUGGUUCACGCUUGCGGCUCUUGCGGCAAGAUGCAUUGACUAGGCAUUGGUGUUGCUUCUUCGUGGACGUCAAGGCCGGGCCUUCGAAGGUGCGGCAGUACCGCAGCAAGGAGCGCAGCGAGCUACGAGCACACGAGCAACCCACCCACGACGCCAAGUGCCCUUUGUGUAAGGGACGAGAAGAACCCACUGAGGUGCUUCGAGUUUGGCCCGACGGACGCCUGGAAGAACGCGAAGGCUUACCCGAGAACGAGGAGGACAAGACAAAGUGGCUGGUCCGAGUUCUUCGCAAUCCUUUUCCAUAUCUACUUACUCCACAGGAGCUUUAUGAAAAGCCCUUCCCCUUCGACCGCACAAAGCACGCGGCCUGCUUCGGGGACCAUGACAACCAUGCGGCCAAUCCGGACGCGGAUCAUCCCUUGUACAGGAUGGUGGAUGGCUUUGGUGCCAGCGAGGUGGUGGUGGAAUCGCCGACGCACAAUGCACUCAUUGGCAUCGCCGACGACGCCCAGGUGGUCAAUUCACUCCGCGCCAUGGCUGCUCGAGGGCGUUCACUGCGAAAGUGCCAGCGAGUCUUGCAGCUCAUGUAUUUUAAGCAGUAUGGCGCCGAAGCCAGCGGCUCUCUGAUUCACCCACACAUGCAGAUUUGCUCUUUGCCGAUUGUCAGCCGCAGCUUGGAGCGGCGACUGCAGGACCACAAGGACUUCUUCGAUCUUCACGGCUGCUCUGGAGUUCACAAGAUCUAUGUGGAAGAUGUCACUGGGGGCAAUGCGAUGAGCGUGUCUCGACUGGUGCACCAAACGGAGCACUUCGUGGCGUCGGUGCCCUUCGCACAAGUGCCCAGAGGGCGCAUCAUCGUGGCGCCGAAGCGGCAUUGCAGUCGCUUCGAGGAUUCCACGGAGGAAGAGCUGAAAGACUUGGGACGGCUCUUGCGUCUGCUCUUGGCGUCGCUCUAUCGGUUCAAGGACGAUCCAUCCUACAACUUGUUUUGGGAGAGCGCCCCAACUGCUCACGCCUUCCCCGACGACGAGGAGCGGGAAGAAGUUGAGCGAAGCUUCUGCUGGACUCUUCACAUUCGUGUUCCGCAGAAAUCGUCUGGUUUUGGCCUUGCCAGCGGCGUGGACGUGACAAGGCAAUUGCCUGAAGAAGAAGCCCGGGAGAUGCGGACGGCUUUGCUACAGGAGGUGGCCUACCCGAUUCGCACAGCCGGCUUUGACGCGGAGCUGCUGAAUUUGGAGUUUCCCAACACCGUGGGGCCCUUCGUCAUGGUGAAAGCAGCUCAGUUCCCUCGAGUCUUCAACGAGUUCUUCAGUUUGCCACACGCCAAGAAGCCGGAUCCCAACAGCGAAACCAGCUUCAUGGUGGGCGUGCAGCCUUGCGAGAUUGGCCUUGAAGAGGGUGAGUUCUUGUUCUGUCAUUGCUCCCCUUUGCAUCCAACAACUCUGUCAACAGCUACUCGGGCCGCCGCUGGUAUUCCCAAGAGUGCUGCAUAUUUUGCCUGGGCGUAUCCUGUUGACAAAUCGAAGCAUCCAGAGCUUUGGCCACUAAGUGGCCCUGAGCGAGCGUUCUUGGAAUACGGCGGAUACAUUUACUUCGACAAGGACUGUAAUGUUGUUGGAACCACCUCCAUCAGUCCAACGAGCGUGGGCACCGGGCUGCUCUUCGGUGGCUCUUCACCGCUGCCGGAAGAGGUCUCGGAGGCCUUGUCUCGGCAAGGCCGCUUUCAGGAGGUGACCUUAGAGGCGUUGCUCCGGAAGGGCGCCACGCACUUCGCUUGGCUGAGACCCAAGGAGUUUUCGAGCUGUGGCUUGCACUGUCCCAGUGGUGCGUUUGCUUACAAGUUCGCCGAUGGAGAGGAAGCCAGGCAUGUGAACUUGUCGUGUUUGGGAGAAGAGAACUGGGAGCGCCAUGACAACUCUCUCUCAGGUUAUGAAGAAGCCCUGCGGAUUGGAUGCGAAAUCUUAAAGCUUGAGCCUGAGAAUUGCUUGGUUCUUGAAUAUCAGGAAGUGAUCCCAGCGUUUCUGGCGAGCUUUGGCGAGCAUGUGCAGCAGGCUCAAGCACACGAAGAAGAUCCAAAUCGCACACCCAGCGAGGUCUCUACGGAGGAGUCAGAAGUGGAGGAAGAAGGAGUUGAGGAAGGAGACAUCAGUGAGGUUGAAACCGACCCACCCAUAUCUCCUCGCCAAAUUUCGUGA